AUGCUCCAAGCGGCUAGCCCGUCGCUUUCUCUCAUUCCCCCUCCACCCCUCUCAUACUCUCUCAUCCCCUUUCAUCCUCUCUUAUCCCCUUUCAUCCUCUCUCACCUCCUUUCAUACCCUCCAUUCCUCAACUCGUCCCCUCUUAAUCCCGCCCAUUCCCUCUAUUCCCCUCUCAUCUUCGCACAAUCCCUCUCAUCCCCUCUCCUCCCCUUUCAUUCUCAAACUGGCACCCUCUUUUCAAACCCUUUCAUCCACUCAUUCUCAUAUUCAUCCGUUAUCCUUCCCGCAUAUCCCCUGAAAUCCCCUCUAUUUCCCCCUUAUCCCCCUAUUUUCCCAUCAUCCCCUCUUUUCCCCUCUCGUGCUCUCUCCUCCCCAAUCAAUCCCGCUUUGUUAAAUUCAAACCCACCCCAGCUCUCUACUCCUCUAUCAUUCCCCCUCCUCCCCUCUCAUGCCCUCUCAUCCCCUUUCAUGCUCUCAUUCCCCUCUGGUGCUGUCAUUCCUCUCUCAUUUCCUCCUAUGCACUCCCAUCCUCAUUCACCCUCUUUCAACAACUCUCAACCCUUCCCAUCCCCCUUACUCCUUUCCCUUCCCCCUGCCUCCCCUCUAUUUCCCUCUCAUCCCCUCUCGUCCCUGCCCUGCUCUCUCAUCCUAUUCCCCUCUCGUUCCAUCUCAUCCUCUCUCAUCCUCUCCCGUCCCCUCUCCACGCCCCAUUCCCCUCUCAUUCCCUCUCAUCCCUGUUCAUCCUCUCUCGUUCCCUCUCCUGCCCUCCUAUCCCCUAUCAGAUGUCUCAUGCUCUCUCAUCCGCUCUCCUGCCCUCUAUUCCCCUCUCGUUCCCUCUCAUCCUCUUUCUUCCCAUCUCUUCCCCUUCAAUCAUUUCGGUUUCCCUCACCUUCCCUCUCUUCCCCUCUCAUCCUCUGUCACUCAGUUUCAUCCUCUCUCGUCCCCUCUCCUGCCCUCUAUUCCCCUCAUUUUCCCUCUGAUUCCCUCUCCUAA